AGAAAGUUGCAUCAAAAACCAGUAUAUAAAGCCAGGAUGAUGGUGCACACCUACAAUUCCAGCACUCAGAAGGCUGAGGCACAAACAAGGAUCACAAGUUUGAAGCCAGCCAGGGCAACUUAGAAAGACCCUGUCUAAACCAAAAAAAAAAAAAAAGUAGCUAUAACUGUUGUACCUACUUAACAAUUCUUGUUUUCAAGUUAUUACAUACAACUUUAACUAGUUUCUCCAAACUUAAUCAUGGCUUCUCCAUGUUGAAACUACUUUUGAACAACUCCAAAGCCCAGCCUGAGAUAUCAGGCUACUUUAAGUUUUGGGCCAAAAUAAAAGCAUCCUUUCUAAUUUGACAUGCUAGGGAAGAGGAAACACCUGCGUGGCACAAGUUUAAAGACUGACCUUGUAUCUCUUGUAAGAGUUCUUUAUAUUUGCAGUAACCUAAAAUUUGUAUAGCUAUCUUGUAUAAAAACAUGUUCAUCUAGUAAGCAAACGUCAGAUAGUUUAAUUUCAUGGCAUCUUCUAAUCUUCUGUGGAAAACAAAAAAUAUGAAAUUAGUUUUAUUGAAGCUAACCUAUAUAUAUCACAUGUCUCUUUUCUUCCUCUUUUUCUGUGUUUUGUUAAGUAGGAUAAGUUCUGAACGUCGAAAAGAGAAGUCUAGAGAUGCAGCCAGAUCUCGGCGAAGCAAGGAGUCUGAAGUGUUUUACGAGCUGGCUCAUCAGCUGCCACUUCCACAUAAUGUGAGCUCACAUCUUGAUAAGGCUUCUGUUAUGAGGCUGACCAUCAGUUAUUUGCGUGUCAGGAAACUUCUAGAUGCUGGUGAUCUGGAUAUUGAAGAUGAAAUGAAGGCACAGAUGAACUGCUUUUAUUUGAAAGCCCUGGAUGGCUUUGUUAUGGUGCUCACAGAUGAUGGCGACAUGAUUUACAUUUCUGAUAACGUGAACAAAUACAUGGGCUUAACUCAGUUUGAACUAACUGGACACAGUGUGUUUGAUUUUACUCAUCCGUGUGACCAUGAGGAAAUGAGAGAAAUGCUUACACACAGAAAUGGCCCAGUGAAAAAAGGAAAAGAACAAAAUACACAGCGGAGCUUUUUCCUCAGAAUGAAGUGCACCCUAACUAGCCGGGGGAGAACUAUGAACAUAAAGUCUGCGACGUGGAAGGUACUUCACUGCACAGGCCAUAUUCAUGUAUAUGAUACCAACAGUAACCAACCUCAGUGUGGGUAUAAGAAACCACCCAUGACAUGCUUGGUGCUGAUUUGUGAACCCAUUCCUCAUCCAUCAAAUAUCGAAAUUCCUUUAGAUAGUAAGACUUUUCUUAGUCGACACAGUUUGGAUAUGAAAUUUUCUUACUGUGAUGAAAGAAUUACUGAAUUGAUGGGAUACGAGCCAGAAGAACUUUUGGGCCGUUCAAUUUAUGAGUAUUAUCAUGCUUUGGACUCUGACCAUUUGACCAAAACUCAUCAUGAUAUGUUUACGAAAGGACAAGUAACCACAGGACAGUACAGGAUGCUUGCCAAAAGAGGUGGCUAUGUCUGGGUUGAAACUCAAGCAACUGUCAUAUAUAACACCAAGAACUCUCAACCACAGUGCAUUGUAUGUGUGAAUUAUGUUGUGAGUGGUAUUAUUCAGCACGACUUGAUUUUCUCCCUUCAACAAACAGAAUGUGUCCUCAAACCAGUUGAAUCUUCAGAUAUGAAAAUGACUCAGCUGUUCACCAAAGUUGAAUCUGAGGAUACAAGUAGCCUCUUUGACAAGCUCAAGAAGGAACCUGAUGCUUUAACUCUGCUGGCCCCAGCUGCUGGAGACACAAUCAUAUCUUUAGAUUUUGGCAGCAGUGAUACAGAAACUGAAGACCAACAACUUGAAGUUCCAAUUUAUAAUGAUGUAAUGUUCCCCUCAUCUAAUGAAAAAUUACCGAAUAUAAAUUUGGCAAUGUCUCCAUUACCUGCUUCUGAAACUCCAAAGCCACUUCGAAGUAGUGCUGAUCCUGCACUCAAUCAAGAAGUUGCACUAAAAUUAGAACCAAAUUCAGAGUCAUUGGAACUUUCUUUUACCAUGCCCCAGAUUCAGGAUCAGCCAGCAAGUCCUUCUGAUGGAAGCACUAGACAAAGUUCACCUGAGCCUAACAGUCCCAGUGAAUAUUGUUUUGAUGUGGAUAGUGAUAUGGUCAAUGUAUUCAAGCUGGAAUUGGUAGAGAAACUUUUUGCUGAAGACACAGAAGCAAAGAAUCCAUUUUCAACUCAGGACACUGAUUUAGACUUGGAGAUGUUGGCUCCCUAUAUCCCAAUGGAUGAUGAUUUCCAGUUACGUUCCUUUGAUCAGUUGUCACCAUUAGAAAGCAGUUCUGCAAGCCCUCAAAGUGUGAGCACAGUUACAGUAUUCCAGCAGACUCAGCUGCAAGAACCCACCAUUAACACUGCCACUCCCACCACUGAUGAAUUAAAAACAGUGACAAAAGAUGGUAUGGAAGACAUUAAAAUACUGAUUGGAUCUCCGUCUCCUAUCCACGUACCUAAAGAAACCGCAACUGACACAACAUCACAGUAUGGUGAUCCUCAGAGUCGGACAGCCUCACCAAACAGAGCAGGAAAAGGAGUCAUAGAACAGACAGAAAAGUCUCAUCCAAGAAGCCCUAACGUGGUAUCUGUCACUUUGAGCCCAAGAAAUACUGCUCCUGAGGAAGAAUUAAAUCCAAAGAUACUGGCUUUGCAGAAUGCUCAGAGAAAGAGAAAAAUGGAACACGAUGGCUCACUUUUUCAAGCAGUAGGAAUUGGAGCAUUAUUGCAGCAACCAGAUGAUCGUGCCGCUACUACAUCGCUUUCUUGGAAACGCGUGAAAGGAUGCAAAUCUAGCGAACAGAAUGGAUUGGAGCAAAAGACAAUUAUUUUAAUACCCUCUGAUCUAGCAUGUAGACUGCUGGGGCAAUCAAUGGAUGAGGCUGGAUUACCACAGCUGACCAGUUAUGAUUGUGAAGUUAAUGCUCCCAUACAAGGCAGCAGAAACCUACUGCAGGGAGAAGAGUUACUCAGAGCUUUGGAUCAAGUUAACUAAGCUUUUUCAUAAUCUCAUUCCUUUUGUGGGUUUUGGUUUUUGGGUUUUAUUUUUUAUUUUAUUUUAUUUUAUUUUAUUUUUUUGGACACUGGUGGCUCAUUACCUAAAGCAGUCUAUUUAUAUUUUCUAUAUCUAAUUUUAGAAGCCUGGCUACAAUACUGCACAAACUCGGGUAGUUCAGUUUUGAUCCCCUUUCUAUUAAUUUACCUAAUGCUCUUUUUUAAUAUGUUCUUUAAUGCCAGAUCACAGGCAGCACAUUUUCACAAUUCUUUGGUAUUUAAACAGUUGCAUCGCAGUAGUGUCAUUUAAAAAUGCACCUUUUUAUUUAUUUAUUUUUGGCUAGGGAAUUUGUCCCUAUUGAAUUAUUUUUAAUGAAAUGCCAACAUAAUUUUUUAAGAAGGCAGUAACCUUUCAUCAUGACUGUAGGCAGUUGAAAUUUUUACUCUGUUUUUUUUUUUUUUUUUUUUCACAAUUUUACAUAAACAAUAAUGCUUUGCCAGCAGUACGUGGUAGCCACAAUUGCACAAUAUAUUUUCUUAAAAAUUACCAGGAGUUACUCAUGCAAUAUAUUCUGCAUUUAUAAAAGUAGUUUUUAAGAAGAAAUUUUUUUUGGGCCUAUGAAAUUGUUAAACCUGGAACAUGACAUUGUUAAUCUUACAAUAAUGAUUCUUAAAUGCUGUAUGGUUUAUUAUUUAAAUGGGUAAAGCCAUUUACAUGAUAUAGAAAGAUAUGCAUAUAUCUAGAAGGUAUGUGGCAUUUAUUUGGUAAAAUUCUCAAUUCAGAGAAAUCAUCUGAUGUUUCUGUAGUUACUUUGCCAGCUCAAAAGAAAACAGUACCCUAUGUAGUUGUGGAAGUUUAUGCUAAUAUUGUGUAAUUGAUAUUAUACUUAAAUGUUCUGCCCACCCUGUUGGUAUAAAGAUAUUUUGAGCAGACUGUAAACAAAAAAAAUCAUGCAUUGUUAGUAAAUUUACCUAGUAUGUUAAUUUGCUCAAAAUAUGUUUGGUUUUAUGCACUUUGUCGCUGUUAACAUCCUUCUUUUUUUCAUAUAGAUUUCAAUAAUUGAGUAAUUUUAGAAGCAUUAUUUUAGGAAUGUAGUUGUAGUAAACAUCUUUUUUUUUUUUUUUUAUGUACAAAUUUUUCAUUCCUUUGCUCUUUGUGGUUGGGGUCUAACACUAACUGUAUUGUUUUGUUACAUCAAAUAAACAUCUUCUGUGGACCAGGCCCACUUUGAUCAACUUUUAUGUUUAAAUAUUGCUUCAACAUCUCUAGCUCAUAAAGUUGUUUCCCAAUCCUUUAAGUACUUUAUGAAAAUUACAUUGUACAUUUCUACAUUUAUUAUCAUUACCCUAAUGUAUGUCGUGUCCCUAAAUGUCAUGUUAAAGAACAAACCAUAAUAUUGCAUUGUAAAGCUAUGUUUUUAGAAAAGAAACUUGUCAUUUAUAAAUUUAUGAGGCUAUUAAAGUGUAAAACACAAAAUUUAAAUUUUUUAGUAUGAGUGGAAUGAAUGAAGCAAAUCAUGAAGCAU